AUGACGCAUGCGCGAAACAGGUCGAGCGGCGCUUAAAAGUGUGGAAUCUGCUUAGUGCAAAUCUGUCAAUGACAGACCAUCGCGCUUUUCCUUUCACUGUCUUUCUCGUUUAAACGUUAAAUCGUAGGUGUAGGGAAGGAGUUUUUAUUUAAAGCUAGGCUGUCACUUUUGCAGAGGAGAGAGAGAGGAGCAGUGGAAAGUGACCAAAAUCACUUAUAACACAGAUAGUGGCUUCAUUUCAGAAAUGGCAAGUUCAGAAACUGUUUACCUGAGGAAGAAGAUCACCCUUCUGAGAGCCGUGUGCCUUAUUGCAGGCACAGUGGUAGGAAGUGGGAUUUUCAUUUCUCCAAAAGGCGUUCUGAAAAACUCUGGCAAUGUGGGCCUGUCUCUUAUUAUCUGGUUGGUCGCUGGAAUUUUUUCCACUUUUGGAGCACUCUGCUAUGCUGAGUUAGGUACAAGCAUUAAGAAGUCUGGUGCACAUUACAUUUAUCUUUUGGAAACCUUGGGACCUAUGCCAGCAUUUCUUCGUCUCUGGGCAGAAUUUAUCUUGAUCCGGCCUGCUUCUUCAUCUGUGGUUGGUUUGGCAUUUGGCCGGUACAUCGUUGAACCUUUCUUCAGCCCCUGUCCAGCACCUGAAAUACUUGUUAAAAUGCUCAGCAUAAUUGAAGUCUUGUUUGUUGUGGCUGUGAACUGCUGGAGUGUCGACUGGACCUCACGAUUGCAGAUUGUACUUACCACUGUCAAGAUGGGCGCCUUGGUUUUGAUCAUUGUGCCAGGAAUGAUCAGACUUGCUUCAGGGCAAACUGAAAAUUUUCACAAUGCUUUUGAUGCCAGUUCCUUAACACUGGACAAGAUACCUUUAGCUGUUUAUACAGGACUGUACGCCUAUUCAGGAUGGUAUAUCUUGAAUUUUGUCACAGAAGAAGUCAUCAAUCCUAAAAGAAACAUCCCCAUGUCGAUAAUAUUAUCUAUGGUAACAGUGACAGUUGCAUAUCUCCUGACAAACAUUUCUUAUUACACUGUGUUGACAUCUCAAGAUGUUCUGGAAUCCAAUGCAGUGGCUGUGAGCUUUGCUGACAGAGCACUCCAAGGUUUCUCAUCUAUCAUUCCCAUCCUUGUUGCUGCAUCCUGUUUGGGAACUCAGAUGGCAGGCUGCUUUGCUGGUCCCAGGAUGCUGUUUUCCGGCUCCAGAGAAGGACAGUGGCCUGUUCUCUUUUCUAUGAUUCACAUUCGAAGGCACACUCCUCUGCCAGCAGUGCUUCUGACGUACUCCAUGGUGGUCGUCAUGAUCUUGGUCGGUGAACUUUUUGGACUGUUAAAUUUUUACAGUUUUUCUCAAUGGCUGUUUACUGGCCUGACUACUAUGGGCCUUAUAAUUCAUCGAUAUCGGAACCCAGAUCUUCCACGACCUUUUAAGGUACAUCUGUUCAUCCCUGCUGUUUUCACCAUUGUAUGUUUUUUCAUUGUGGGGAUGUCCCUCUACUCUGAUCCAGUCAACACAGGCAUCAGUUUUGCCCUCACACUGACUGGUGUCCCAAUUUAUUUUCUUGCGGUUCAGAAGCAGAGACUGCCUUUACGCUUCAUCAGAGCUUUUCACAUGCUCACUAAGAAGCUACAAGUUCUCUUGGAAGUGGUGCCACAGGAGGUGCAGACCUACUAAAUAUCUUGACCUGAUCAAAGCUUUUACUGCAAAGCUCAAAAGCACUUUAAAGAAUGGUAUACAUGUACCAAACAUGAAACAAAGUUUUCAUUUCAAAACAAAUGUUUAUGUGUUAAAGACCAUCACUGUGAAGAAAUAAUCCAAACAACAUUUUUGUAACUAUGUUGUUUCUCUACUCAUGUGAGAACUCUUUAAAGAGCGACAGAAAGUUUCAAGUAAAACACUCACUAAAAACUCCAAAUCUACGUUUAAAAGUCAAAUUUAAUUUAAUUUAUUUGUCUUCAAAUUAUGUCUAAAUUCAGUAUCAAUAUUUUCAGUACUUUAGAAUGUUGUCAUGUCUUGAUUACUAUAUAUUAUAAAUUAUUUUUAAAUGAUAAAGAAUGUUAAUCUGUAUCUUUUUGACAUGGUGUCAAAGUUGAUGGGAAUAAAUAAAUAAAUUACUACCAU